CUCAGUUUCCUUAAGAAGCCGUAUAAAUACUCGCGUGAAUAUAACCAAAAUAUCAUUUCAAGAAACUCCAUCCUAAGUGCAUAUACAAGAUGUGCAAGCUAACUUUAGUGCUGUGUGUUUUCGCGGUGUUUUUGAUCGCUGAAUCAACAUGUCAGCGGAUUAUUCUUCCUACAUAUCGGCCACCGCCGCAGCCGAGGCGGCCGGUGAUCAUGCGAGCUCGCCGUGGGGCUGAUGAUGAGCCUCUAUGGUUAUAUCAAGGAGAUAACAUCGAACGCGCCCCGACAACGGCUGACCACCCGUCCCUGCCUUCAGUCAUAGAUGAUAUCAAGUUGGACCCUAACAGAAGGUACACGAGAAGUUUGGGUACCCCAAGAGGCUCUCGCGGCAGCAGUGGAAGUCGGCCGUCUUCCAACCGGGACACUGGACCGACUCACCCCGGGUACAACCGGCGUAACGCGAGGUCGCUGCAUCUGCCAGGGUAUGACUUCCCCCUGCCCACGCUGCCGCCUUUCAACCCUCGCCCCAGGUACCCUUGGGAUGAAAAACCCCCCGGCCGUCUUUACGCUUAAGAAUAUGAUGGUGUUGUACUGUUGUCCACUAUGAAACGAAGUGCUUAAUCACUGUAUUAGGUAAUAUGCCUAAAAUCAACAAAAUAGAUAAAGUGACAUUUUAAUCAAGGUAAUUUUAUGUUCACCUAUUAAACGAAAAUUAAUAAUUGUUUAAUGUUCAGCAUCUCGUAAUAAAGACAUUUUUAUGUAAAAAAAAA